CUCUCUCGAGCUAAGCACACACACGAGCGGCUCGAUUACUCAUUACUACCUUUCCCCUUUCUUCUUUGCCCAACUUCAAUUCCUUACUUUUUUUUUCUUUCACCGAUCAUUUUCUUGAUCUUGAUCGACCCUUUUAGUAUCGUUUUUGCAAGUUCAGACAUCACAACAACUGUGUUUUGUCUGAUCUGUUUUUUUUUUUCUUUUUCUUUUUCAAAGCAACCCAACACGGUUUUUGAUCUGUUCAAGGUUCUGAUUUGGGGUUUAUGGUUUGACUCAAAAUACUGAAAAUGGGUGGUGAAGUCUCAAAGCUAUUUACAUUUUGUUGCGUUUCAAAGCCACCAGAAUCCAAUCUUGGAGUCACAGCCUUAGGUCACGUAGGUGAGGAGAAUGAUCUGCCUCAGUUUCGUGAAUUCUCCAUCGAGACGCUAAGGAACGCUACAUCAGGUUUUGCUACAGAGAACGUAGUAUCAGAGCAUGGGGAGAAAGCUCCUAAUGUUGUCUACAAAGGGAAACUUGAUGACCAAACACGUAUUGCUGUCAAAAGGUUUAACAGGAAAGCUUGGCCUGAUUCUCGUCAGUUCCUGGAGGAAGCUAAAGCUGUUGGUCACUUAAGGAACUCUAGGAUGGCAAAUCUGCUUGGGUGUUGCUAUGAAGGUGAAGAGAGACUUCUUGUUGCUGAGUUUAUGCCCAACGAAACUUUGGCUAAGCAUCUUUUUCACUGGGAGUCACAACCGAUGAAGUGGGCAAUGCGACUAAGAGUUGCUUUACAUAUUGCUCAAGCUUUGGAAUACUGUACUGGGAAAGGGCGUGCUCUCUACCAUGACCUUAAUGCUUACAGAGUUCUCUUUGAUGAUGAUUCGAAUCCAAGGCUUUCUUGCUUUGGUCUGAUGAAAAACAGUAGAGAUGGUAAGAGUUAUAGUACUAACCUGGCUUUCACUCCUCCUGAAUAUCUCAGAACAGGUCGCGUGACCCCAGAAAGUGUGAUGUACAGUUAUGGGACUCUCUUGCUUGAUCUUCUUAGUGGAAAACACAUUCCUCCAAGCCAUGCGCUGGACCUCAUACGGGACAAGAACAUUCAUAUGUUGAUAGAUUCGUGUUUGGAGGGUCAAUUUUCAAGUGAUGACGGGACUGAACUAGUACGGUUAGCUUCAAGAUGCUUGCAGUAUGAGCCUCGAGAACGCCCUAACCCAAAAUCUCUAGUCACUGCAAUGAUUCCUCUUCAGAAGGAUCUUGAGACUCCUUCUCAUCAACUGAUGGGCAUACCAAGCAGUGCCUCAACAACGGCUCUUUCACCACUUGGAGAAGCAUGCCUAAGAACAGACCUAACUGCCAUACAUGAGAUUGUUGAAAAACUUGGAUAUAAAGAUGACGAGGGAACAGCCACAGAGCUUUCGUUCCAGAUGUGGACAAACCAGAUGCAGGACUCGCUGAACUUCAAGAAAAAGGGUGAUGUCGCUUUCCGGCAUAAAGACUUUGCAAAUGCUGCGGAAUGCUAUUCUCAGUUUAUCGAGGGUGGGACAAUGGUUUCUCCAACUGUUUAUGCAAGGAGAAGUUUGAGUUACCUAAUGAAUGAGAUGCAUCAAGAGGCAUUGAAUGAUGCAAUGCAAGCCCAAGUGAUAUCUCCUGCUUGGCAUAUCGCAUCUUAUCUUCAAGCUGUAGCUCUCUCAGCUCUAGGGCAAGAGAACGAAGCUCACGCUGCUCUUAAAGACGGAUCAAUGCUGGAAUGCAAAAGAAGCGCUAUGAUUAAAUGAUGAUAACAAACACACAAAAAAAAAAAAUGAAACACAAGAGUGCAAACAGAGGGAUUGUUGAUCUUCUGACAUUGACCGAAACACCCCCAUAGGCAAGAUCAAAACCCACCAUCUCCUUCAUAAGUAGAUAGGAGCUACUUCACAGCUCUCAUAUCGUGUGCAUCCUCAUCACUGGUCAGUUUCUGGUUUCGCCUGUCCUAGUUCUUCUUCCUUUUCUUUUCUUUUUUUUUCUUUCAAAUACUGGAUGCAUUCAUUUGGUCUUGUACCGCAAAUUGGACUCUUGUUGUGUGUUUCGGUUACUGGCAUGAUCAUUAUACAGAAGAAAAAGUUGCAUACUUUGAAUCUUUGAUGGAGAUUGGGAAUGGUGUGAUUAUGUAUUUGUUUUUGAUGGGUUAUAUGAUUUGUAAUCAAGUAUUUU